UACGCACAUUUCACCCCCCAAACGUCUGAUUUAUGGCCGCGUAGCUGAGAGUCACAAGUGCUGCCUUUGCGGGAAACAAACUUAGAAAUCCCAAACGUCCUCUCCGCCGCCGGUGUUCAUGUGUUUUAUGUGUUUGCGCUCAACAGUGAGGUAGACUUUAUGCGGGCUGAUUUUACCGGAGUGUCGGCGUGUGAUUUAUCCCGUGGAUGCGGCUGUCGGGGUCGGUGUCUGAGCCCUGCAGGAUCAGCCUGUCUUAGGGCAUCAUGAUUUUUCCGGCUGUUCACAAGUGGAUGAGGAAUAUUUCUCCGGAGAUGCUGCUGCUGGUGCCGAUACUGUGGUUUUUACCUCUGACUGGAGCGGCUCCGUCUCUGACUACCGAGCAGCUGGACACCGGGGUGGACUGGCUGAGUAAGUUUGGCUACCUCCCGCCCCCUGACCCAGUGACUGGUCAGCUUCAGACCAAGGAGGCCUUGACCAAGGCCAUCAAAGCCAUGCAGAAGUUCGGGGGGCUGAAGGAGACCGGAGUCUUCGACCAAGCCACACUGGGUCUAAUGAAAACACCCAGAUGUUCUCUGCCAGAUGUUGCCGAGGCAGAGGUGACGAUGGGCCGCAGGAAACGAGGCCUGACUCCUCAGAACAAAUGGAAUAAGAGGCAUCUAUCGUGGAGAGUGAGGACCUUCCCUAAGGAUUCGGCCUUACUGGGCAGGGACACUGUUCGAGCCCUGAUGUACUAUGCCUUGAAGGUCUGGAGCGACAUCGCGCCACUUAACUUCCACGAGGUGGCAGGAAGUGAUGCAGACAUUCAAAUCGACUUCACUAAGGCCGACCACAAUGACGGAUACCCCUUUGAUGGGCCCGGGGGCACCGUGGCGCACGCGUUUUUCCCCGGAGAGAGGUUCACAGCCGGGGAUACGCACUUUGAUGAUGACGAGGCCUGGACCUUCAGAUCACCAGACUCUCACGGGAUGGAUCUGUUUGCGGUCGCAGUCCAUGAGUUCGGUCAUGCCAUAGGCCUCGUCCACACCUCAGCCAUGGAGUCCAUCAUGAGGCCGUACUACCAGGGUCCUGUAGGAGACCCUCUGAAAUACGACCUACCCUAUGAAGACAAGGUCCGCGUCUGGCAGCUCUACGGUGUCAGAGACUCAGUGUCCCACACAAACCGACCAGGAAACCCCUCCCAGACGGCAGAACCUCCUGUCCUGCUGGACCUUCCUGAAAACAGAUCCACUGUUCUGCUGGCGCGAGAUGCCCCCGACAGAUGCACCAGUCACUUUGAUGCAGUGGCCCAGAUACGAGGGGAGGCCUUCUUUUUCAAAGGAAAAUACUUCUGGCGACUAACCAGAGAGAAGCACCUGGUGUCUCUGCGUCCGGCUCAGAUCCAUCGGUUCUGGAGGGGCCUCCCGACCAACCUGGACAGUGUGGAUGCUGUGUAUGAGAGGCCUGGUGACCACAAAAUAGUAUUUUUCAAAGGUCUGAAGUACUGGGUAUUUAAAGAUAAUAUCGUGGAGGAGGGUUAUCCUCGUCCAAUCAGUGACUUUGGCCUGCCCUUGGAGGGAGUGGAUGCUGCCUUUGUCUGGCUACACAACGACAAAACCUACUUCUUCAAGGACAACCACUACUGGCGCUACGAUGACCACCUGAGGCGUAUGGACCUGGGCUACCCUAAAGACAGCACGCUCUGGAAGGGGCUGCCACCUAACCUGGACGACGCCAUGAGGUGGUCUGAUGGCUCGUCCUAUUUCUUCAAGGGGAAGGAGUACUGGCGAGUGCCGGGCAGUGACAUGGAGGUGGAGGCGGGUUACCCCCGCCUCAUCGCUAAAGACUGGCUGCUGUGCACCGAGAUGCAGUCGGACUCUCCGGACGCGGAGCCCAAAAGCACGGAGACGAGAGGCAACGUGCACCACCACCCGGACCACGCGGAGAAUGGAUACGAGGUGUGCUCCUGCACCUCUGACACCGCCUCGCCUUUGGGCGCCCGCCCCUCCCCGUCUCCCGUGUGGCUGCUGCCACCUCUCUGGACGCUCUCGCUGGCCCUCCGCUCUGAACUGCUAUGAUGCCAAAGCAAGGGACAAAGUUCCUGAGCUGAUUGUUGGAGGGCCAGUGGACGCUCUGUGGAAAACUGGAAAAAUUCUGUUCGUAUUGUAUCAUUUGGUAUUCUUUUUGCGCUAAUUUUGCUAUUUAUUUUACCCGUCAUUUGGUGGGAGCUGCCAACUAAAGUAGUCAUCCCUACAGGCAUCAACCCACUCACAAUGCUUUAUAAAGUUUUUCACUGAAUGGUCAAACUGCCUCAUAUCUGCCAGGAAAGGGAUAUUGAAUAGAAAGAGGAGCACCAACAGUGGUUAUUUGGCUUCAUGUGCAGCAGGUUUACAGCAGCAAUGCCUCACAUACUGACGUGUAAAAGACAUUCUGGUGCAAAGGUGAACAGCAUGCCAACACACACUGCUGCCUAUUUUAUGAGAUCAAACCAGAUGCUUUAUUACAGGGUCAGUGCACCAAAAUUAAACCAAAACCAUAUUUUGACACUUACUUCUCGUGGUGUCCAGCCACAUAGAUGUUCAGUUUAAUGUAACGGCUUCUGCUCAUCCCAGUACAGUGGAGGUUCUGUUCAGCACACUGGAAAAUGACGUCUCUUUGCAAAAACAAUGUCAGUGUUACCCUGAUAAUGCGAAGAACUCCUUGAGACUAUUUCCUCUGUUAAAAGCAGUUCCAGUGAAAACAGUUUACAGCAAGCAGGGACGCUGUUUCUGAAAAGACACAGUGUUGUUGAACUUGAAGUUUCACAAGUCAUUUUUCAUUGUGAUGUGCAUUCAGCUUCCAUUGUAUUGGAUGUGUCUGAAACGGGAGAAAUAACCCCAAAACUGCCUGCAUGGCAGGAUAGCACCAGAGGUAAUUGAGCAUAUAUAUAUAUUGUAUAAGUUAAGGUCUGAACUAGCUUGACUAAUGUGUUUGUGAUAACCAUGAAUGUUUGGCAUCCUGCCCUCGCAGGCAGUGUGAAAACUUCUUACUGUGCGAGCUGGUGAUGGAUGGAUGAGUAGGUGGAUGGACUCUGUCUGCACCGGUUUUCUUGCCUAAAUCCCUCAGCUGUACUCUGAAGUGAGGAACUGCUGCUCCUGUACGUAUUUCCACGGGCUGCUCAUUUUCACAUCUGGUCCAGAAGCAUUCCCCGCUCUUGGUUUAGUUAAAUCUUUUGUAUCAAAUUCGGACGAAACAGUAAACCUGUUUAUUUUACAGUGUUUUGAUCAGGCCAUAGAGUUUAUAGAGCCUUUUUGUGACUGUUGGAUACAUUUCAUCACCUUGCUCCUUCUGAAGACAAGAGUCACAUUUGCCCCCUGGAUUUAUUCU